AUGGUUGAAGAAAGAAGAAAGAAGAAAGAAGAUGGAAAGAAGAAAAAGAUGAUGAUGAAGACGACGACGAUGAAGAACCAGAAGAAGAAGAAGAAGAAGAAGUGGAAAAAGAAGUGGAAAAAGAACAAGAACAAGACAACGGCACUUCUAAUCGAUCCGAGUACCUAUGAAUACACACGUCCGUCGGUCGAUAUUGCUUGGGAAUAUGCACAUAUUGAUCAAGGACAAAAUUGUACUCUGUAA